CGCUAACAGAGCUGGAAUCCCCGUACUGCUAUGCUGAGGGGAACCAAAAUGGUUGAAUACUAACUGGCAGGAGCACAUUAAUCAAACGAAGACGCUGGGGAUUAACGUGAACAACUUGCGGCGUAUGACAUGUUACGCGUAGGGGAGAUGAAUGAUUACGCGCGUUUGGCUUGCUUUAUUUUGAAACGCUGGCCAAAGAGUGAAAAGAGGCUAGCAGACGCGGCCCGAAGACAGAACAUGGCGGAACACUCAUGCAACAUAAAAUAUUAGGUACCAAGCUAAACAGAAAUACGGCCGAGCUGCACAUUGAACCGCAAGUCGGAUGAGUCUGUAAAUGAAGAUAAUGUCGCUGUCACACAGUCUUGGCUGCGCUCGAACGCUUACCGGUUUCGAAGAAAUGAGGAACGCAAUCGGUUAGCUAGCCGAAUAGCUAGCUGGCUGGUGAUAAGCAGGGCUGUCCGCAGAUCCAUUUUCCUACCCUGAGGAUUUUCUAAAUUUUCGACACUCGUCUCCAGAAGUCUUGUGAGUUGAAAUCACUUGAUUUUCGUCGAAAAAAAGCUACUAUAAGGUGGCACCGUGCGGUUAGUCUGGGAGAAAGGGUCGGAAAGCAAAGCCUUUUUUUGCUCUGAAAAACAAUCAGGACAGUGUGCAGGAUGACGGACACACGCCGGAGAGUGAAGGUUUACACCCUCAAUGAAGACAGACAGUGGGACGAUCGGGGUACCGGACACGUCUUGUCCAGCUACGUCGAGAGGUUUAAAGGGAUAUCUUUGCUGGUACGCGCCGAAAGCGAUGGUUCUCUCUUGCUGGAAUCAAAAAUAAACCCAAACACUGCUUACCAGAAACAACAGGACACAUUAAUAGUUUGGUCCGAAGCUGAUAACUAUGACCUGGCGCUUAGCUUUCAGGAGAAAGCAGGGUGUGAUGAAAUAUGGGAGAAAAUAUGCCAGGUCCAGGGGAAGGACCCGUCUGUGGACAUCACACAGGACUUGGUGGAGGAAUCUGAGGAGGAGCGUUUUGAUGACAUGUCAUCCCCUGGCUUCGAGCUGCCCCCCUGCGAGUUGAACCGGCUGGAGGAGGUAGCGGAGCUGGUGGCCUCUUCGCUGCCGUCACCGCUGCGCCGUGAGAAGCUGGCUCUAGCUGUAGAGAAUGAAGGCUACAUCAAGAAACUCUUGGAGCUCUUCCAUGUCUGUGAAGACCUUGAGAACCAUGAGGGGCUGCACCAACUGUUUGAGAUCAUUAAGGGAAUUUUUCUCCUCAACCGGACUGCCCUUUUUGAGGUCAUGUUCUCUGAUGAAUGUAUCAUGGAUGUGAUUGGCUGCCUGGAGUUUGACCCCUCCCUGCCCCAGCCCCGGAGACACAGGGAAUUCCUAACCAAGACUGCCAAGUUCAAGGAGGUCAUCCCCAUUUCAGACCCUGAACUCAAGCAGAAAAUUCACCAGACGUACCGAGUACAGUACAUUCAGGAUAUGGUCCUGCCCACCCCUUCUGUCUUUGAGGAAAACAUGCUCUCCACUCUUCACUCCUUUAUUUAUUUUAAUAAAGUGGAAAUUGUCGGAAUGCUGCAGGACGAUGAAAGGUUCCUGACAGACCUCUUUGCACAGCUAACUGACGAAGCAACCGAUGAUGACAAGAGACACGAACUGGUUAACUUUCUUAAGGAAUUUUGUGCAUUCUCUCAGACGUUACAACCUCAAAGUAGAGAUGCCUUCUUCAAAACAUUGUCAAACAUGGGCAUCCUCCCAGCACUGGAGGUCAUAUUGGGGAUGGACGACGGCCUGGUGCGCAUUGCCGCCACGGAUAUCUUCUCCUACCUGGUGGAGUACAACCCUUCCAUGGUACGGGAGUUUGUGAUGCAGGAAUCCCAGCAGAAUGACGAUGACAUCCUCCUGAUCAACCUGAUCAUUGAGCAUAUGAUCUGUGACACGGACCCUGAGCUAGGUGGCGCCGUGCAGCUGAUGGGCCUGCUUCGCACCCUGGUGGACCCAGAGAACAUGCUUGCUACAGCCAACAAAACUGAGAAGACAGAGUUCCUGAGCUUCUUCUAUAAGCACUGCAUGCAUGUGCUCUCCGCCCCGCUGCUGGCCAACACCACAGAAGAGAAGCCCAGCAAAGAUGACUUCCAGACGUCACAGCUGCUGGCGCUGAUUCUGGAGCUGCUGACGUUCUGUGUGGAGCACCACACCUACCAUAUCAAGAACUACAUCAUCAACAAGGACAUCCUGCGCAGGGUGCUGGUGCUCAUGGCUUCCCAGCAUGCCUUCCUUGCUCUCUGUGCACUCAGAUUCAUGAGGAAAAUCGUUGGUCUGAAGGACGAGUUUUACAAUCGCUACAUCAUACGGAACUUUCUGUUUGAGCCGGUGGUGAAGGCCUUCCUGAACAACGGGUUGCGUUACAACCUCAUGAACUCCGCCGUCAUCGAGAUGUUUGAGUUCAUUCGGGUGGAGGAUGUGAAGUCCUUGACGGCCCACAUCAUAGACCACUACUGGAAAUCACUUGAAGAUGUGAACUAUGUUCAAACGUUUAAAGGACUCAGGCUGAGAUACGAGCAGCAGAGGGAACGACAGGACAACCCCAAGCUGGACAGCAUGCGGUCCAUACUUCGGAACCACCGAUACCGACGGGACGCCCGCACACUGGAGGAUGAGGAGGAGAUGUGGUUCAACACAGAUGAGGAUGACCUGGAGGAUGGGGAGGCCAUAAUGUCUCCUCCCGACAAGACUAAAGCUGAGGAAGAUCUCAUGGACCCGUUCAGCAAGUUCAUGGAGAGGAAAAAAUUGAAAGAGUCUGAAGAGAAAGAUGUGCUGGGGAAGUCGAGCCUGACUGGACGCCAGAGUCCCAGCUUCAAGCUGUCCUUCUCCAGCUCCACCAAGUCCAGCCUCGCCACUCCAUCCUCUAACAGCCACCAUCCUGGCUCACCUGGUUCACCUGGGUCUCCAGGUUCGGCGGGGACUCCUGGUUCUGGACCCAAGAGCUCACACCCCGUGGCAGGUGUCACCGCAAAGGGUUUGGUGGGGCUCGUAGAUUACCCUGAUGAUGAUGAGGAGGAGGAAGAUGAUGUAGAAAGGAAUCAACCCCUUUCCAAGAAGUCAAAGCUGAGCUCAUAGAAGGAGUUGGCCCUCACGCCCCCCCGGGCCCAAAGUUCCACUGGUGGACUCUUCAAACGGCAUAGAUUAGUCAGAAAAUCCUUAAAUUAACAGCUAACCUCUUAUGUUCCAGUGGAUGUUUAGGGGAGGCGUAUGAAGAGACAAAUCUUUUUAACACACACACACAGUUUUAUUAUUCAAGUGCCAACCUGAAGAAACAAAAAUGGGAUGUUUUUUUGGACAAAAGUGAACAUUCAGUUACACAAAAAUGCUGGGGGCAAAUACACACACAGACUCAUGUGCAAAAGGUGUGUGAGAUUUGGACCAUGCUCACUGCCCUCCUCUCAGGGAUGGACAAUGCUGCAGCCUUUAAUGGGUCUGCAAACCCAGAAUCACCACUUGGACUUUGACGUCAGUCAGAUCAGACUCCAUUGUCUGUUUUUUUUUCUUUUUUAAAAGUUUCAUUUCUUUCUUGGACCAGACAUGGACAUUGAGGACGGAGGUGGGCUUCCUUCAGUGGGCAUUCUUCCUUUGAAAUGCCAGCAAUUCCUUCUCUGUUUCUUUUUUUUUUUAAACGAAACACCUGCCUUUAAAUGUUCAGGACGCUUUUAUGUCGCAUUCGAACGGGUUUUUAAAAUUCUUUGGGGGGAGCGCAGCUGAAAAAUGAGCCUCUGGCUUUAUUCUUUUCUCUUUUGCCCUUUGAAACUGCAGAUUUUUGAGAUGUCACCCUCUUCUUGAUUAAAAAUAUAGUGAAAUUUUAUCUGUGAUCAUUAUGUCUUUUUAUUUUUCUCCCCCCAUGAGAGGAGACUUGGAUAUCGGCGCAUAUUUGGGACCAUUAAGAUACCUUUGUAAUAUAAUUUCACUUCUGUGCUGAUGGUCAGCAUGUUUUGUUUUCUUGUCGCAUCAUGAUGAUAGAAGUUGGUGGGUUCAGCAAAACAGAAAUGCAUACAGUUAGCAAUACUAUUUUGUGAUUAAAAGUUUUAUAUUGAAAUUGUCAAAUGUCCGUUACAAUAAAACUGCAAAGUAAAACUGUCA